GUUUUUGAAAUUAAUCAUUGAAAAUAGUUUUCCUAUAUAAUCAAUUGCUCAAAGUAAUGUCAGCUGGAACACUAAUAUUGAUUAUCGGUUUUUAUUUUUAUAAAAUUAUCUAUGAUAUAAUAAAAGCUGGGAAUGUAUGUUAUUGAUAUGUCAACUCAAGCGGAGUGAUUUUUGUUUAUUGAAUAGAAUAUUGAUUUAACUUGAUACGUGUAGACAAACGUUUGUAACUUAGCUGCUAGUGAAUACAAAAGGAAAUUAACAAUGUCUAACGAUCCAGAUUACUUCACAUACAUGUCAAAGUGUCUUUCUGAAGUUCUGAAUGAUAUUGAUUUGAAAGAGGAUAUGGUACUUAGAGGAAGACGUGCAUGGCUUUUGAGGGAAUCCCUUAUGACAAUAGCAAGUCGACUAAAGGGUUUACAACAAACUGUUUAUAUGUUUGGUAGCCUUACGGAAGGGGCAACAACACAGGGACUGAUUUCUGACAACGUCUGCUUGAUUUGUAACGAAAGCGUCAACAUAUUGACCGAUAGUGAUGACUGGAAACCUGGACAUUUAAAUUUGAUGAGUAUCCACGAUGCGUCUACGCCACCAGGAUAUUGUCUUCUACGUCGGUUGCCUUUUGAAAAUUUAUAUCCGCACUUUACAUCUCAAACGUUUGAUGUUCGUAAGUGGGUAGGUAAUAAUUCGGAAUUGGAUUGCGAACUAGAUGGACCAUCCAUUAGGGUAAAAGGACAGCCUGGAUAUAAUGAUCAAGACAUGGUUUUUGCUUUCCGUUGUAAAACAUGGCCAACAUCAGCUCAGAAAUGGUUCACAGAGGAAGGGAUAGGAAGAUGGCCGACAAAAGAAAUUAAAUCGUUUGCUGCAAACAGCGGGUGCUUCCUCGUAGGUGUUGGGAGUAAGGGAAGUGAGAUGGAAAAAUACGAAUACAGAAUAUCUUUUUCUCAAGUGGAAAGGUGUUUAAUGUUUAGUUUGAAUAUAACGCAGAUAAGAUGUUAUGUUUUAAUGAAAAUGAUUAUCAAAACAUUUAUCCAUCCUGAUGGCGACAGUGUAAUUUCAAGCUACAUAUGUAAAACUGUCCUAUUUCAUUGUAUAAAACAUACCUAUUCAAAUUUAUGGCAGGAAUCUAAAUUACUCUAUUGUUUAACGCUAUGUUUAUCGGUCUUGCAGUAUUGUGUUCUUAGUGGGAAUUGUCCACAUUUUAUAAUACACGAGAACAAUUUAUUGAGUGGGCGAGUAACUGCCGAAUUCAGAACGGUGUUCAUAGAGCAAAUGCGUCGUAUAAUAUUAGACAGGGGGAUACAACUGAAGUACGUUAACUACGAUGAUUUUGGUCACCUAUUACAAUGUAAAAUGCAAAACGAUCCCUUGGAAAUGCUACUGUAUAGCGCUUUCAUUUCUCGCAAUAUUGCUGUGAUACCUGGCGCGCUAUUGCGUGAUACUGGCAAGUGUAUUCAAGAUUUUCAUAAACAUAUUUUAUAUGUUUUGAAACAUAAAGAAGUAAAUACUGCGAUACGUUAUAUACGCAAAUGCAUUUCUCAGCUAGUUAGUUUCCAUGGAGCAGGUAGCAAACUAAAACGUAUUGCGUGCAAGUUUUUGGCAGCAGUGUUUAGUUCUACAUUAGGAUCUCUAACAGCUUCCUGUAGCAUCUCCUCCUCCUCUUCAGUAUCGUCAGAGGCCUUAAAGUGGUUUGACGCAAGCCUCGACUCAGACGUCUCUUCAAGCCGAUUGAAAAAGGCAUCCGCUUUCUUCUGUGCUGGUGAUAUGAACGCUACAUAUCUAAUUUUAGAAGAUAUUCGGAAACGCUAUGAUUUAAAUAUGGUAGAGCCGGUUUGUCGUUGCACCCUUCUCCGCAGUCAUCCUGCAAGAGAGGGCUUUAAAACUUCUGCUCAUUGCCAUAAUGAAGGAGCUUUCAAACACGUUGCUGCAUUUUGUGUCAAGUUCUUGCGUUGCGAAAGUUGCUGUGUUCCUAAGGAAUUACAGUAUGAAAUGUACAGAUCUACAUUAGCUGAACGACCCUUGCGGCAUGAUAACAAUCAGUGGUUGGAUUUGGCAGUUAUCGACUCCCUAACAUACCUUCUGUUUCUUCGAUACAAGACUUGUGGUCGCCUUGGAAAGCAUACAGAGCAAAAACAAGCUUUGAACGACCUUGUAAAGGCAAUUGAUAUGGAACCAAACUUGGGUCACAGAGAAACAGCACUCAGCCUGGUUGGGCAAAUUUUGGAGGAAGAAGGAAAAUUGACUAAUGCUUUAAGAUUCUUUAUAGCAUCGUUUAAUGAACAACCUGAAAACAAUGCAGCAAAGAUGCUAAUAUGUAAAUUACUAUCAAAAAUAAUCAACAGUGACUGUUAAAAAUAAUAACGCCGCAUGACGGAAUUAAUAUUCUGAACAAAGAAAUUAAAAAAAUUAUUUCUAUUCAGGUAGAAUACGUCAUAUUAUCAACAUUAGCUUUGGAAAAGUAUUGACAUAUUUGGUAUUAUUUUAACAUAGACAAGUACGUCAUAAACUAUGUCAUGAAUUGUAGAACAACUAUUACAUUUAAAGGUAGAUAAAUAUUGCAAAAGUUCAAAGUCCUGCUAAAAUACAAAUUUUACCCAUUCAUUAUGACUAAUUUGUAGUUUUGAAAAUUAGCAUUUAUAAAUCCUUUGGAAAGAAUUCAAAGAAUGGCACAAAAAGAUUAUCUGAUACAAAAUGACAAUUAUUGAUGUUUUACAGUAAAACUGUUGUUAAAGUUACUCAUACUAAUGUGAAUUUAUAUGUGCAUUACAAGCAGGUAAAAAGACAAGUACAUGUGUCUAAUUUUCUUCCUCAAGUUAUACAGGUAUGAAAAACACAUUUUAUGUUCAGUUUCUAUUUCUGUUUUAUGUUUUGUAUUCCCCCAAAGAUUAUUAGGUUAUUUAACAUUGUACUGUACAAUACGGAGAUAUAUUUGGACGAGUACCCAUAUUGGACGAGCCGCUAGGCGAGUCCAGUAUGGUUUUCUCAGCUGGGUACGAGUCCAAAUAUAUCUCGUAUUGUACAGUAUAAUGUUAAAUACCCUUUUUAUUCUAUAUCUAUUUUAUCUUAGUUUAAAUUAAAAAUGUUUCACUGAAUAUUGUAUUCCUGCCUUUUCUGUAUUUCCAAGCUUGGUAUUAGUGCAAAUAUAUAUUAUGCAGAACAAUGUUAGACCCUAAAUAACUUUUUAUUCUAUAUUUAUUUCACUUCAUACGUAAUAUACGUACUUCAUUUAAUGUUGUUUUUUUUUGCGUAUCAGUAUUAAAUAAAUUAUAUGGUGCAACCUCCCUACAAUAGCCAUUUGGCGAUUUGGGUGGUUAUGAUACUUGGCUGAGAUAUUAUGCCCACAAACAUUGUCAGCAAGUUUGGUGAAGAUCCGAUGAAAACUGAAUUAGAGAGCGGACAUGCUUUGGAUGCCGACCACCCGCCCGCUGCCACGGGUGUUCACAUAAUACGCCGAGAUAUUAUGCCCACAAACGUUGUCAGCAAGUUUGGUGAAGACCGGAUGAAAACUGUUGGAUUUAGAGAGCGGACAAGGCUAAAUUUGCAGUUUUCCUGUGCGGGUUGUCUAGAGGUCCGGUUACCAGACCCCUAGCCACUGCCAUUCAAAAUUUUCUCAACCUGUGACAAAAUGAUAGAUUUUUUCAGGCAAUAAGAUUUUCUUCCAAUUAUGUCUGUAUAGAUCUAGAUCUAUGUAAUUUCUAUUGGGGAAUAUCCUGAUUUGAAGAUGAUAAUCAAACUCUGUACAUAGAGCGCCUACUUCAUCCGAUUUACAUUCGGAACAUUUUCACGCGUUUCGGGCUUUAUCGUAUGUUCAACAUGGGACUGUUGAACCGUCCAAAUACAGAAAAUACAGGAUUUUUUGUACGCACGUGCGUCCAAAUACAGAAAAUACAGGAUUUUUUGUACGCACGUGCGUCCAAAUUCCGUAAUAUAUUGUAUGGUCACAUGUUGCAAAUGAACGUUCGCGAUUGAAUAGAUAAAAUUGAUAUAGAAUAAAGAAAUUUAUUAUCCAUUAUGAGAUUAAAACAUCAAAAUAGUUACAUAUUUGGUUCAUUUAAGUUAAUUGUUUUUAAUUCUGCAUAUUAGUACAUUUAUUUAUAUUUGUAGCAUGGACACGGAUAAUGAAUUAUCCAUUGACAGGUUUUCAAUGCUAUUCAAUUAUUAUGCGCAUAGUGCCUCAAGCAAAGAUUUGCAUACAAAAAUAGAGCAUACUUUUGCAUAACUUGAAAUAUAUGCACCUUGAUAGAAUAUUUUAAAACGUUUUUAAAACGUUUCCACGAUGUCACUGAAAUAAUCAAAAGUCUAAAAAAUCAGUUUCACAGGAGUAGAAAAAAAAGUAAUCAUCGUCAUAUUUUCCAAAAAAAAGAAUAAAAAAUUAUAUAACCGUGUUAGGUUUUAAAUGUCAAAUCUGAAAACAAAUUGACACUAUUACCCUGCUUAAACGUAAGAAAGAUGCCAUAUAUAUAAACUAUUCCUUCAAACCCCUUGUAUAAUAGUUGACUGAUAACCUAUCCAAAAAGGGGAAAUGGUAGGUAGACAAAAAGUGUCGCCCCUUUUUCGUUAGAGAAAGGGGCACCGAUCCUAUGAUGCGUGUAUGUGGUCGCACGGUCACAUUUUUUUUAAAAACGUUGUCCCUUUUUUUAGUGUAAUGAGAAAUGUUCAGUGGGAAGGACUCUAAGUGUGCUGGGAUUACAAUUCCUCAGUGUUCAUUGCUAAUGAUCAUUGUGGACUAAUCAAAGCUCUUAGUACUUUUCACAGAACAUUGAAAUCUAGUAGUGCUUUUGCAAUACUUUUGAAAUCUGAAAAUUUUCCU